AUCUCUCUCUAUCGGUCAGGGGGACGUUAGUGGGACGUUUCUCUCUCCAUCCCUCCAUGUGAUUCAUACCCUGCUUCCCAUCACAGUGUUAACGGCAGCUGCUUCACCCUCCGCAAACCGCCACCCCCUCCACUCCUCCUCCUUCUCUCUACGUGUGAGUGUGAGUGAGUGAGUGAGUGCAGGAAGACGAAGCGGCAAGCAGGAGGAAGCACCAAGGACGUCCUUUUUCCAGCCCCGGGAGACGGAGAUGCAAGGAACGAGCAGUUAGAUUAGCCCGUGCUGCUGUUGCCUGCUGCAGGAUAAGUUCGUUCCGGAGGGUACUGCAGCUGAAGCUCUGCUCCUCGAUCCGUGCUCGGUGUGUGAGUGUGCCAGGAGAAUUUCAUUCAGGCGCCGGACGGAGAUCUGGCAACAAAGGACUUCUCAUCUUCCGCAACUAUUGAAUGUAACAUCGCUCGGAUAAGGAAGGCAGGGAAUUUAAAGCCAUCAUCAUGAAUUUCGUUAUGAAACAAGCGCUGGGAGGGGCCACCAAAGACAUGGGCAAGAUGCUUGGUGGAGAGGAGGAGAAGGAUCCUGAUGCUCAGAAAAAAGAAGAGGAAAGGCAAGAAGCGCUGAGGCAACAGGAAGAGGAGAGGAAGGCCAAAUAUGCAAGAAUGGAGGCAGAGAGAGAAAACAUCCGACAGGGCAUCAGGGAUAAGUAUGGCAUCAAGAAGAAGGAGGAGAAGGAAGCCGAGGCAGCAGCUGCUAUGGAGCAGGCCUCCGAGGGCAGCCUCACCCGCCCGAAAAAAGCAGUUCCUGCUGGCUGCGGCGAUGAGGAGGAAGAAGAGAGCAUCGUGGAUACGGUCAUGAAAUUCAUCCCUGCACCACUCAUGGAUAUGUUCAAUAAAAAGUAACAGCGUUCUGGCAGAAAAAUGGUUAACUUCUUACAACGUCCAUCUAAUCAAUGCUGUACCACCCUGCCCCACCUCCAGCUGCAGCCACACCUUUCUUCACCUCCCUCCCACCCAGUCAACUCAACUUCUAAGUGUCCUGGAAUUACACAACACGCUGUGAUUUUGCCCUUAAGUUCAACUUUCUGAUCUCACGGUGAUUCAUACUUUUUAAUAUCUCUGACAGAGAUCUUUCUUGAUAACCUGUGAUUAUUAUCGUGUUUUAAAAAGUAUGCAACACCUACAGAGAUUGAAUGUCUUUACUUAAGGCAAACUGAUGGCAUGUUUUCAAAAUGCCCAGCACUUAGAAUACGACCAGAUAUCACCCAUCAUCCACCCUUUUUGUUUGUAAAUAGCCUCGGUUAUAUAAAAAGAGUACUAUAUAUCAGUGAAAUAUGACGUAUAACAAGAUAACUAAGAGUAUAAGCCAUAUUUUUAACUUGUAAGAAAUGAUCCAAAUCAUAUCAAAUUUAAUUGAAUCGUCCUGUUAUGUUCUUGCUAAUAUUUGAUACAUACAGUGUAUAUAUAUACUUGCAUUUUUAUUGGUUCUCCUUGGUUAGGAUCAGUCCCACAAACUGUCCCAUAUGUUCUCACUGUUUUAAUGUAAACGUGUAGUACGAACACUGGCAGAGCCAAUACAUCUGUAAACUCAAAAGUGAAGGAAUUCAGUUGAAAUGAAACUUUUUUUUUUUGCUUUGUUUUGUUUACUUUUUUAAGCAUGCAGUAAAGUUGUGAAGUACAUAUAUGGAUACCAUUUCCUUUGUUAUGAUGAAGCAAAAUACACUGAAAAUUUGAGGCAAUAACUGGUUUUCCAUUUUUAUUUAGUUAACGUCUCAUCCACCACCGUGUACAGUAAGCGAUAAUUGACUUUGUGUCUAAAAUGUUCUUCCAUGGAGGAAAUUAUAAAUGUUCUCCAUAAAGUUUGUCUUAAAAAGAGUAAGAUGAAAUCCUUAAAUUCUAUAAAGUCACUGGCUAUACAUGUUUGAGGCUUAAAAAAAAACAAAGUUCUUUUCCUUCUGUGGUGUUGCGCACUCAGCUUUUUGUAAUAGGAAAUGUAAACAUUUGGCCAGGCUUGUUAAUUUUGAAUCGUGCUAACACUUUCAUCAUUUUACUUUUUAAAAAGACACUUCCCAAACACAACUAUGUUGUGAAUACACUAUAUGUGAACAGACAGUGACAAUAGUGCAAUAUAUUGUUCAAAAUGAAGUUGUCUCGUGUCCGUUGGUUUAACUGAUGGGAGUCGCGUCCCAAAUCAGCAAUAACAGACAAUCUUCAUUGUUGUGUGUUUGAAGUUAAUCCUUAAUGUUAGUCGAUGUUAAAGACGCGAGGGUGGCUACUUACUGUAGCGAGACUUAAGCCUUCAUUGGUCAGAGGUAUUUACUUAAAACAAGGAAGAGAGAAAGUGGGAUGAUUCGUUUAAUGUUGUGAGAAGUGUUCAUCCACAUGACAUAUGGCAUCCAGGGUUUGUGUUCAAAGUUACAAACUGCAGGUUUUUACAAGCAGACAUUAACAAAUCAAAGUCAUCCUUGGCAUCAUGAAAAAAUAACAUUUACCUGCUGUUUAUAGCUUACAGUUUACUCUGCCUUGCAGGUAACUGUAAUAGCACAAAUUUAAAAACAAAUGAGGUUGGAAUAAAUAUAUUCUCCUCAUGCCUUUUCUUUAAAUUUCUCCAUCAUUCCCAGUGUCUUGUUAAACAUUCCAGAUAUUUCAGACAUUCCACCAGACUCGAGCUGGUAACACGCAAACUUAGAUUUACACUACACCUCAGUAAAUGCCUUUUCAGCCUACAAGUACAUCACAAUGAAUAACUUAAAUUUGAUGCUGUAACCGCAAAAUUAAUGGCACUAAAAUGUUGCUGCGGAGAGGUUAUAUUAGCUGCCAUUUAGGAAAAGUCCCGCAUGAAGUCUAGGGGAAAUCAUAAAUGUGCUUUUUGCAGUGAUCAGUUAAAUUUUGUGACAAAUUUUGUUGGAAAAUACUUUUGUGAUCCACUUGUGCACAGUAGCCAUAGGUAGGUGUUAAAUUAGGGUUUUCAAAACCAGCUGUUUCGCCACAUUAUGACUGUUUUUAUUAAGCUAGCUAACCAUGAAAUGACACUAAUUCUGAUCUUGUGUAUUUCUGUGGCGUAGAGAAAGGGAAAUUUAGCUUCUCUCUGUGUUUUGUGAGCUCUGUAAUCAUGGUGAAUAUAUACAUAUAUACCCUGAAUAUGUUAAAACAAAAUCAAAUGGCACAGUGUGGUAAGAUCAUCUGUAGAGCACAUUUAUUGAACUUCCUGUGAUUUUAUAGUACCUGUAAACUGCCUUUGCCAGCCUCUGUUCCUACAGUGUGUUAGCAGCUAGCUAGAAGCCAGUAGAUGUUUCAUGCACUCAAAUCCAUCAUCACAGCAGUUAUUCAGUCAAACCAAAGAAUAGUGCUGGUAGUAUUAGACCUAGUCAAGGGGUGUCAUUCCCAUUUAGUUCCUGCAUAUCUGAUUUAUUUUAAAAUUCUCAGGUAUUCUAGUAAUGUUUUCAUAGACGUUAAACAUAAUUAGCCUUCACUUAGAGUUUCAUUGGGUUCUCGGCUAAAGUAUUUUAUAUUUUCAUUGCUAGCAGAUUAGCAAGCUUAUAGCUACGCUCUUUCUUUAUGAGUGAAAUAUCUCUUUUUUUGGCCCAGAUAAUAAUCUAGAAAGCUACAAUUACUGCCCCUGCAAAGGACGACAACACCUUAGCAAACGUCAUUAGCGCGUGCAUUCCUUCAGGCUAUGAGUGAGUGUGCUCUGAAAUCAGAUCAAGCUUUGCUUCUCAUCCACUGACAUCAUCAUGGACUCAUUCAUCAUCAUCAUCAUCAUCAUCAUCUUGUAAAUGUCGGUUGAUUGCGCUCCAAAUGGCUUUUUGAUCACUGCCUAAACAAACUGCCCAAGUCAUGCGUAAUCAAUAUCCUGUUGUCCAGUAGACUGUGUCGGACACCCAGUCAGUCAUUUGUGCCGCUCAUACAGCCAUUGAUAGAAUUUAAAAAGCUGCCUGAAAAACAUGGCACAAAAAAGGGAAAAAAAAAUUCUUUUGAUGUGACUUGAAUGUAACUGUCUGACGUUUCUCUCUUCUUGCAUCUGUCUCUCUCUUUUCUGUACUUGUUGAGAAGAUAUUUAGUCUGGUGCAGUAUGUUUUUCUUUCUUGUCUGUAGCCGGUCCUGUCCUCUGGUGGUUGAUAUUUUGAGAGAAGAAAAAAAAAAACAUGUUCAUUUAGUGUAUUCUUUUGUACUGCAAAAUCUUCUCAUCCUCCUCCUCUCUCUUUCUCUCUUUCUCUGUAGCUCCCUAUUUGUUGACCAACAUGUAUGCAUGCUUAUGGUGUGCGAUGUAGGCAAGGUUGUUGAUAUAAUCGUUCUGUGUCCUCUCUGUGUUUCAAAGCUCCACCUGUUAGCCUCAAUGCAUGCCAUUUUAGACUAAUAUUUCGGUCUGUAACUUUCCUGCAAAAAUGGAAUCACCGCACACUGAGAAUAAAGUGAUUUCAUAUGAUU